CAACACUUACCUGUCCUGUGGAUGUGUAAAGGUUUGAGAAUGUUAAACUUUGAGGAGGGUGGGUGUGAUCACUCUAUCCCACUCUUUUGCUGUGUGUGUGUGAGAGAGAGAUUAUAACUUUCCCUCUUUAUUCGUCCAAACCUCCACCCCUUUCCGGACUGGGUGCAGAGCCGCAGACCAGUGAGGCAGGACAGCAGGAGGAAAUAUCCAGGAACUUCUGCUGCAACAAUGUAACAGAUUAAAACUAUUAUAAAAACCAAACCCAGCUGGACUGCACUGGACGCUUCUCUUUUGGAUUGUUUGUAGUUUUAACGUGUUGUUACUUUGAAAAAACUUCAGGGUAAGUCAUGCAAAAGUUACUCAGUGCGCGCUUCUGCCUGGAGAGCAGGUUGCGCAUGGCCCUCCUGGCACUGCUGCUUUACGCACAGACCGCCUUCGGCUUCUCGGUGGCCGCGCAACAGGACAGCACCUGCGAGGCCAACGGCAGCGUCUACUACGUGGGAGAAUGGUACUUUCUGGACUCUGACCAUUGCACACAGUGCGAGUGCACCUCUGAGGGCUCUGCGUGUGCCCGCACCGAGUGCACCUCCCUCCCGGCUGCGUGCAUCCAUGUCAGCCACUACCCCACCGACUGCUGCCCCAGGUGCGAGAAGAUCGGCUGUGAGUACCGAGGAGUGGUGUACGACCUGGGGCAGAACUUUCAGCCGUCAGAAUGUGAGCAGUGCACUUGUGACAGUGAUGGCAUCGCUCGCUGUCUAGUUGCAGAUUGUGCUCCUCCGCCAUGUGUCAACCCUGUCUAUGAGCCGGGGAAAUGCUGCCCAGAGUGCAAGGAGGGUCCUAACUGCUAUGUUGAUGCCUCACGAAGUCAGGUGAUCCCUGCAGGAGAGCCUGUGUGGGUGGACUCCUGCACCAAGUGCCGCUGCCACGACGGCCAGGACGCCGGCUACUGGGAGGGAAACCGUCUGGCCUCCUGUUCCCGCCUCAAAAACUGUAUGCCAGAACAGCCCUCCAUCCAGCAAAACUGAUUCAGACUGAUGUUGUCUAAUCCUUAAAGACACAGAUGAAGACCACUGAAUCUAUGAUGUCUGUGCACAGUUGUGGACGAUACUAAUUACAUCAUGAAUGUAAUAAUGGAUCAGCUUGAACUUAAGAAUAUAUAACAUCCAAUACAGCUGGAGUUUUUCUACCUGAUGUGAACAAACAUAUCGAGGCACUUGCAGACUGGGUUUUAAACAUGCUCAGAAUAAUAAUGCAAGGGCAAUGCAACUUGAAUGUAAACCAUGCAUUCAAAUAUCUGUGUACUUUGUCAAAAACUUCAUUAUGGUGACAAUAUUGGGUAAUAGAUUUUAUUAGUAAAUUACAUGUUCUUUAGUGCAAAUGAAGUACAGAACUAGAAUUUAGAACUCGAGCUGUGUUGGAUCACAUUUUCUUAUUGAUAAUGCCAGAAAUCAAAGACCUCUAAUAACCGAACUUUAGUGUUGAAACCGACCAAAGUUAGUUUUUAGGCUUAUUGACAAGUUAUUUUUUACAAACAGCAAUUUGUAAUGAAGUACCAGUAACAUUUGACAUUUUGUAAUAAAAAAGGUAGCUCACAAACGUCGCUGUACGAUUUGAAAUACAUAUAUUUCAAAAACCGAGCUCUUAACACCAGCAGAACAACUCUUCUUCCGAAGAGGUUUUAAAUUUUGAACGGUUCUUGUACUGUAAACGAAAACAACUCUUGUUCAGGUUUGUUUAAUGUUUAUGUCCUGUGGAAAGCAGAGUCAGUUUUUAAUAUGUGUUUUCUUCAUUUGUAUUGUGUCUUCAACAAUACCUCGGUGAAAGAUUGAAGAUAACGGCGAGCAUUUUCAAAUGUGGAACCCCACAAAAUCAAUAUGUUGUGUGUUGCUUUUAAUCAAUUCCAGCAAACUAGUUAUAGUUAACUGCGGUCUUAUAACACAGUGCAUGAGUGUUGGAUGAUAAGGCUCUAUAAUUGACCUGUCACAGGUUGAUGCAGCGCCGUGGCGUAUGCAGAGCGGUGAUGCAAUGCAGAGUAGCAGAUGCCCUGGCAAAGAAAUGAAAAAGUCAUAACAGCGCCAUAAAUUUUGAAGUUCAAUUUCCAGACUAAUUGAAAUAAAAUGGAUGAGACCAUGGCCGCAGACGUUAUGAGAAACGUAUGGACCUACAGCAUGACUUUGUUAUGGCCCAUAAAUGUUUGCUAUGACAUAUAACUGUACAGAAGCUGUUGAUGCAGUGGACAAACAUUGUAAACAGGCUUAUUGAAUGUCAUCUGUGCACAGACACAGUUGUGCAGUCAAACCUACAGGCACCAAUUUGUUGCUUUUUAUUGACUUAUUCUGUGUGUUUUGGCUGUUGCAGUGGGGUUUUUUUAUGUUACUAUUGAAAACCAAAGUGUAGUGAAUGUCAUGUUGAGCAUACAAGGGUCCUGGACAUUUUAAAUAAAAAUGUAAUAAAUGAGAAAUAUCUUGUGUAUUUUUUGAAUAGAUUAAUGGUGGCUGUGCUGAGCACUAGGCCCAGUUUAAUGUAAAACGCAAUUAUAUAUUAAUAUACAAUAUAUAUAAAACACAGAUAUUGUAUAAAAUGAUGGUUCUGCAAAAAGUAAGUCAUCCUUGGUCUAAAAAAUCUUGAUGAUGUGGGCUUUAAAGAAGGCUAACUCUUACCUUGCCAUAUGUAAAUCUGCAGCAUUACUUUCUUCACA